CUUCAGCCCUCCCUCUCUCUCUCUCUCUCUCUCUGAGGGCACAAUCCCAUGGCGAGGAGAAAGCAUUUCUCCCGUCGCCCCUCACCACCGAACCGCCGGUUCUCGACUCCCACCAGAAGGCGUCCACCCGCUCGAACGACUCAACAAGGGUCUCAAGAAGAUCCAGCGUCAUCGGCUCGCCCAACCCCGGCCUCGGAAAAUCAAGCGAGUGGACGGGAUGAGGUACCUGCAAAUGCACAGGCAGGGCCUUCAUCAGGGAGGAAGCCGCGGAAGCCCCACAGGUUCAGGCCGGGGACUGUGGCUCUUCGGGAGAUACGGAAGUAUCAGAAGUCCUGUGAGCUGUUGAUACCCACAGCUCCUUUCAUUCGAUGCGUAAGGGAGCUAACUGCUUUCUAUUCUAAGGGAGUUAAUCGUUGGACGGCUGAAGCUUUAGUAGCAAUCCAAGAGGCAGCUGAAGAUUAUUUGGUCCAUUUGUUCGAAGAUGGAAUGAUUUGUGCCUUCCAUGCAAAACGUGUUACGCUUAUGCGGAAAGAUAUUGAGUUGGCGAGACGUAUCGGCGGGAACAGGUACUUUUGAAGGGACCUUGUACAUGUUUUGUGGCUGUCAAUGUGUUAUUAGAUUGUAUUUCUAAACUUCAAUACAAAUUCAACAGUCUCUAGGCUAACUUCUGUUGUGGCAUUGCAAGAAAUUCGAAACAUGAUACAGAUUUCUUGUAGAUUUGGGAGUUCAUGAGAACGCACCUGGAAGAUAUUUGAAACAUCUUUGUUGUAAUCUGAAUGUUUGAAUUCUCUGAGUUGUAUCAGGUUAAUCUAACGGCCACUAUGCAUCAAA